AUGGCAUUUCUUAAUCGGGUCAAAAACUUGUUUCGCGGUGGAACUAUAGAGAAAAAGCUUCCCAGCUAUAUUCAGGACAAUGUUAAUCCAAAGGAUCACUGGAAUAUCAUUGGCGAGCUUGGAGAUGGCGCAUUUGGAAAAGUUGAGAAAGCGGUGUCGAAAACCGACCCGCACAAAUUUGCAGCAUCAAAGAGUAUUGAAAUACAAGAAGGGGAAGAAGUCGAGGAUUUUCUAAUUGAAAUUGAGAUUUUAACACAAUGCAAGAAUCAUCCAAAUAUGGUUGGGCUUUAUUCAUGUUAUUUCUUCGAGAACAAACUUACGAUGAUGCUUGAAUUUUGUGGUGGAGGCGCUGUAGAUAAUAUAAUGCUUGAACUUGAAAAACCGCUUACCGAAUCCCAAAUCAGAUAUAUUGCCUACUAUGUAUGCGAAGCAUUGAAGUUCAUACACUCUCAAAACGUUAUUCAUCGUGACUUGAAAGCGGGAAAUAUUUUGCUCACUGAUGAUGGACAAGUUAAACUUGCCGAUUUUGGAGUAUCCGCAAAAUUGAAGAGUGAUCGAGAAAAACGCGACACAUUUAUUGGUACCCCAUAUUGGAUGGCCCCAGAGGUAAUGAUGUGCGAAACAUUCAAGGAUCAGCCAUAUGAUUGUAAAGCGGAUAUUUGGUCAUACGGGAUUACGUUGAUUGAGAUGGCUCAAAUGGAACCCCCACAUUCUGAUGUUUCGCCAAUGCGAGUGCUCAUCAAAGUUCAAAAAUCGCCACCACCAACACUGGACGAAAACAGCCAUUGGUCUUCGUCAUUCCGAAACUUUCUUAAAAAGUGCCUUGUUAAGCAGCCUGUCGAACGAUUAAGCGCUAGUGAAUUGCUUGAAGAAAAAUGGCUUUCAAACGCCACAAGCGAGAAAAAAUCGAUUUUGAUGCUUCUUGCUGAAAUGCAGGCUGAUGUAAAGGAAGAGGUCAUUAUUGAUGCUGAUGGAGAAUCAAUCGCAGAAUCGGAGGAUAACUCUGCCAGACAUGAAAUCCGUGAUACUUGGAGUUCUGCUUCGGAGAGUCCAGUCCCAAUAAACGGAAAUGCCGAUUUCAUCAAACCGUCGAUGCCAAUUCCACCAGAAACACCAAAGAAACGUGCUGCUCCGCCACCACCAGUUUCUCCAGCUCAUAUGGAAAAAGAAAAGCAUUCUCCGGUUGAAAGCACCGUUGAACUCAUCUUCAAAUCCGAAAGUGACAGAAAUGCGACAACUGAAGUGGUUAAAAAUAUUCCCAACGACGAAAAGGUUGACAAUGUUGGAUACCAAAAAUUAUCGCUUAAUGUUUCUAGUCCAAGCAAGGAAACAAAAUAUAUUGCCAGCCCUGGAAGAGAGGCUAUGAAUAUUCUCGAUGAUUUGAAUAUCGCAUUAGACGGAGAACCGAGUGAACCAUCGCGAGAAAAUUCUUACAAAGGCAGACUUCAUUCUAGCGGAUCUUCUGUGAGCAGCACAUCGCCUACCAAAAAUGAUUUUCAAGUGGAGCAUAGUAUUAGAGACAUUAUCAAUGCUAAUCGCCAUGCUUCUGUUAGCCCUCCAAUUCUUCCAAGCCCUGGGCCGCAGUAUGCAUCCCAUGAAUCGCUUAAUAAAUCGCUGCACAAAACUGGCUCAGAAGCGUCGGUUACUGGAAAAUUCACAUUUAAUGAAAAAGAAGCAGCGAAAUACAACGCAUCGAAACAGAGUGGAGCUGUUAACUCAAUCCAAGCCAAAUUUGAAAGAGUUAACGAUUCUCCAAACUACGUUCCUUUAUCGCCUCCUUGUGAUAUUCCAGAUGGAAUUGUUAAAGCAAAGAAGAAGGCCGUUGAAGAAAGCACAGAAAGAAAUUUGAAUAGAGUUGAAGCAUUGAAGAAUGAGUAUGAUGGAGUAUUCAAACGACCAACACAGGAUCUGAUGGCUAGUCGCACUUUGUCCGAACAAGCAAGAAUCCGAGCGGAAAUUAACUUGAGCCUUCCUUUAACACCAGGAAAAUCUCCAAAUAGUUCUGGUCCAACCAGAACUGAUUCAUCAUCUUCCGCGGGAUCAAAUCGUUCCCCAUCUUCAAAUUCAACACCUCAAACUAAAAGUCCAGAGUAUUUCGAGCUCACGUAUAGCAAGUCGUCAGCCACAACUAACAAAACACCGCCACCAGAACCCCCAGUCGACUAUGACGGAAAUGCAAAAGCCCCUACCCCGCCGGAGCCAAAUAAACCGUCUGUGCCUGUUCCAUCCCCAGUGGUUUCCAGAAAGCCUGACGGGUCUGGACCACGAGCAUUGGGAGGUCGUCGUGAUGCUUCUCGACAAACAGUCACCAAGAAGACUAGAACAUACAUGAUUGAUGGUGUUCAAGUUACUUCUACAACCGUUCAUGUUCUUGGUGUGAAAGACGACAAAGUUCAAAGAAAGCAACAACUUCAUGACUUGCGUCGUCUUCAGCGCGAUGAAGCUCGUCAGAAGCAAGAACUUCAAGCCGAAGGCGUCAAACUUGUUGAUGAGCAAGCGAGAAAGUUUGCACUUGAACAACAGACAUUGAAUCGCCAAUCUGAUCUUGAAAUGGAAGCUAUGGAAAGAAGGCAACGAAAAGAAAUGGAGGAAGCGGAAGCCGCUCAAGAGGCUGAACUUCGAAAUGCACAAAAGAGAUUAAAGAUCGAACAGGAGAAAGACAUGAAGGCGUUCCGGGAACGUUUAAAACAAGACAUGAAAAUCUUCAAGCAAGAGCUUACAAUGCUUUCAAAAGUACAAAGAAAAGAUGCAUUGAAGCAAAGAAAAGAUCAAAUAGAAAUAGAGCAUCAAUUAAAAGAGAAGGAUUUCAUGAUGCAAUUGUCUCUCAAUGGAGAAAGUAUGCUUCAACGCAUGGUUGAAAAACACAAGGAACGAAUGGCGUCGAUGGAAAAGCAAUUCCUCCUGCAGAAGCACAAUCUUCUUCGUGCGAAAGAAAAUAAUAUUUGGGAGUUAGAGGAUAAACAAAUGCGAGAAAAAUUCGUUCUUCAUCGCAAACUAUUCAAGGAUGAAUACUAUCUUUUGAGAACUCAAAUGCUUGCUCGUCAUCAACGAGAAAUGUCUCAAAUAGAGAAGAUGCAUCAAGAAGAGGAAGAUGAGCUCAUUCGAGCUUUAACUCUAGACCGCAAGAAGUUGCCGAAAAUGUUGCGAGCUGAAGCCAAGACUAGAAGUGUCAUGUUCAAGGAAAGCUUGCGUAUCAGUAUGGCUAACAUGUCCAACGCUGAAAUGCAAGAACGUAUCCGCAAGUUUGAUGAGCAAGAAGCAUUGCGCAUGCGCCUCGCACUUGAAGAGCACGAUCUGAAGUCGCAAAAGAAACUUCAAGCUCUCAAAGAGAAGCAUCAAGAAGCGAUUAUUGAGUUGGAUGAGAUGCAGAAUGAGAAGCGCAAGCAACUUCUUGAAAAGGAGAAGAACACAAUGUACGAACACGAAAUGAAAUAUCAUGAAAUGCGAAAUGUUUGGCAGGAGAAUCUUGUUGCGCGCAAAACGAGUCUUGAAGAACGAUUCCAAGAGGAGCUCAGCAAACAGGAGAUGUUUUACGGACUUCCGUACAAUACUAGCCAAGCAACAACUGGGCUAAGCGCUCGUCAAAUGACAUAA